AUGGUGUCUCCUCAAGUUACCAACCUGGCCAUCAUCGUGGUGAUGAUGCAGCUAGCGAAGAAGGUUCCCUUCGAGGACCCCGAUGUCCUUAUGCUUGUCCGUGGCAUGUACAUCCUGUCCAACGUGAUCAUUCUGGGAGUGUACUUGUACACUCAGUCGAAGAUCAACAAAAAGAAUGAUCUGACUACCCUGAAAUACGUGGAGCCUUCUCCUAUGGGCAGCGGCGAGGAGCCCAAGCCCGUCACCACUACCAACAUGGAGUACGACAAGGGACAGCUCCGCCAGCUGAUGAGGAGCCAGCUGAUGGGUGUGGGUAUGAUGGGUGUGAUGCACCUGUACUUCAAGUACACCAACCCUCUCCUGAUCCAGUCCAUCAUUCCUCUCAAGGGUGCCUUCGAGUCGAACCUGGUCAAGAUCCACGUCUUUGGCAAGCCUGCGACCGGUGACCUUCAGCGCCCCUUCAAGGCCAACAACAGCUUCCUGAACCAGGGCCAGAUCAAGAGCGACAAGGCCUCCGUUGAGAACGCUGAGAAGAACUGGAGGGGUGGUGUCAAGGAGGAGUAA